AUGAAGACAAGGAUCUGCUACGCUAUAUAUGAUAGUCACGUACGCACUCGUACGUGGGGCUCCGUGGCGCAAUUGGACAACGCGUCGGUCUACGGAACCGAAGAUUGCAGGUACUCAAUAAAUCAUCUGUAUCGUGUUGACUGGACAGUUAUAAGUGGUGGCUUCAUAGCUGGCGAUGGCUGGACAAUAAAUCGCUUUUACCGAUUUUAUCAAAAAACAUUCUUGGAAAUGUUAGAUUCCGGUAGGAUUGAUGAUGAUCAGACUGUGCUGACGCUGAUGCUGAAGCACUACGGGAGUUUGUUCAAUGCAGUACAUGCUGAUGGGGACUGGUAUGCUUUGUUUCGACUGUUCCCGUGUUCAAAAUGA